UUGGUUUUUGUGUUUUGUAGGUGCAGAAACUAGAUAUCGCCUCCCUGUUCAUCUCCUUAUGUGUCUGAGUUUACUGGACAUUUAUGUGAGUGCAGCGCCCUCUAGCCCACCAUGUCCCCAUACCCCUCGCUGCUGAGUCCGUUACUUGGUCUCGGCAUGCUCUUCCUCUCUUCAGGUCUCUCCUCAGCAGACAAAAGGCCGCCAGGACCGCCCAGUGCCGGGCCAGAGCUCAACGUAACGCGGGGGAACUGCUCCGGUGGAUGUAUUCCAGGAAGUGUCACUGAAAAUGCAACACAUUCCGAUUCGACAGACCCACCACAGAACAACUUAUUCACCACGUCAGACCUUCACACCACCAACGUUAAUCUGGAUGACCAUCUGCAGAACCAGUCUUCCAGUCCAACGUUACCCAUUCCAGAAAACCCCAUUGUCCACGAGCUGAAUGAGUCCUCAAAUGCCACUGGCCGAACUGAAUCAAGCCUGUCUACAGGAAACGAAACUCUUUCAAACUCAUCAUUCAUUUUACCAAACACUCAAGUUCCAGCUCUACGAAUCGUAACCGCAGUGGCUGUACAUCAAACCGUCACGACCACCGAGCCAGAUAAGAAAUUACAAACAAACAAUACUCUUACAAAAGUGACUUCUACCACCACUCUGCCGCCACUGACGACCGCUGCGCCCCCACAGCCAUCGACGGCCGCCACGGGCACUGCCCUGCCACCAACGGCUGCCACGCCCCCACUGCCACCAAUGACCACCACAUCUACAAGGUCUCCAACAUCAACCACAAAGACAUCUUCAACAACAACCACAGAAGCCAAACCUACACAAACCACCAUCACGGUCAAAACACUGCCUACUCCAGCAACAAAACGCCCAUCUUCAUCGGCAACACUGACGCCAUCGCCCGUUCAGUCCAACACUUCCACAGCGACCACCAGUCACCACGCUAUGCCGGUCCCUCCAGAAACCAAAGUCGCUGUGGUGGUGGUAACUGGGGCGGAUCUCACCCAACAGCUUGUGGACACUGCUACCUUACUGGCUGUCCUCCUCUUUGGGUUACUCUUUUUCCUGGUUACCGUGGCAAUUUUUGUAACACAGGCUUACGAAAGCUAUCGCACCAAGGACUACACACAGGUGGACUACCUGAUUAAUGGGAUGUACACGGAUUCUGGGGUGUGAAGGAGCGUGCGGACCUGGUGACGGGUGGUGACCUACUGACCCCAUACAGACGGUUAUGUGGUUUGGGGGGAAAGAUAAACUACAUUGACUACAUUGACCAGUAACAAUGUUUGACAGCUUGUUUUGUAUCAUUAAUUCUCUUAUUGCUAACAAAGAUCCCAAUAUUCCUACAACAGUCUUAAAAAGUUUAAAACUAGUUUGUGUUGGUAACACUUCACGAAUUUGUACUUACAGAAGCUGCUGCAACACAGUCUGUUUAAAACGUAUCAGGAUGUCUCGUGUUGAACCUGGAUGUUCUCACCACAUUCAGAACUGGUUGAUCAUAGCUCAUGAGUCCGUCGUCUCUGCGUUGACGCUUUUGAUGCUAAACAGAUUUUAACACGCGACUCCAGUAUUGUGUCUGUGGAUUCCAGUUCUGGAAGAUGAGACAGAUCCUGCAACUACACAAACGCACCUUCAGGCCUUUUUUCACCUGCGCAACCUGCAACUGUUGCAGAAUCCUGUCCAUUCCUGUGAGCCGGCGGGUUUCCUCUUUGCUUCUCAAACAUGACGGGAACUUCGCACAAAAUUGAUUAGCCGCCAUGCCAUGUUUGUGGUCGGUUUGAUGGAAAUUCAGUCAUUCAUUAAUGCACUCAAUGAAAGAUUAACUGCAGCAUGGAUGACCAAAGCCGCCAUCCAUCAGCGGAGGUUCCAGAGUCGCGUAGGAGUUUUUUGUAUAUUAGUGAGCUCGUGUGUAGGUCUGGUGGGAACGGUUACAAGUUAGCCAAAGUAUCACCACGACUUUUACAGGAAACUCAGAAGGGAAGUUUGAUGGCAUAAAUUCUUGGUCACUUUUUCCUUUCAUGUAUUGAACUUUUGGGUUUUGUGAAGAUUUAAAACGGCUCGGUGUCGAACGGCAAACGUCCACAGUCACAGUCCCCUCGUCAGCUAAUCAGCAAUGGUCAGAAGCCAAACAGGAAAUGGCAGCGAUCGGCAGAAUGUCACACUGCUGCAGACAAGCUCAAAAUUCUUGGACAGAACUUUCCACCAUCAUGGCUCAGGUCCAGAGUCGUGACUUGUUGAAACGCUGCAGGAUGCGUGUGAUGCUACAUCUGCUUACAUGUGUAGCUGUUCUCACCGUAUGGGAUGGAAAUGCGUCAUUUGAAGGUUGUUUGCUGCAGUUUCACAUUAGCACCACUGGAUUUAUCCACACAGUUUGAAGCGAGGAAACAGACUACUGGUGUUGUUUGCUAGCUGCUUGGUAAUAAUCCACACCAAUGCAGAGAGUCGUGGUAGUCACUGUUAGCCAUGGGUUUAGAUUAAAACGUGGUUGAGAUACAAAUGAGAGGGUUCUUGGGUCUCACUCUGUCAGACAAGUGGUUACUUAAAGUGAGACUCUGAGGAGGAUCAGGUGCAUCAUGGGGCCACAUCCGCUACUACAUUUUGUCCAUGUGGUGCAUUUCUGUGGUCGUUGUCCAGCAUGCAGGUGUCUGUGUUGUGGAGGUCAAGCACACACCCACAUUUCAUGUGACACGGUUAGGAGGUGGGGUGGACUGGUUGUCUGCCUGGGUCGUUGUCAUCCAGGAUCCGUGGUGGUUCCGUAUUAAGGCGGAUGCGGCACCAAUGGAUGCUUCCUGACUGAUCAACCUUAACACAGCGAUCAGUCCGCUGCCACGAUGCAACACUUUGAAACCAGUUUAACUUGCAGACAAAAAACAAAAAAAAAAAUCACAUCUCUGACGAUGGACCAAAACUGAAUUCAGUACUGAGCGACCAUCAGAAUCGUUGACUGUUUUUCUCGACUUUGGAGAGUUUUUGUUCUGCGUUCAGGGGCCGGGU